AUGACGACAUGCUUGGACCACUUUGAUAUUUAUGAAGACGACUUGGAGAGUACAGAUCUCGAACCAACAAUCGGUUCACUCUUCAGAAAUUUGAUGCGCAAGCAUCACUUUAGUACAGCAUUCUCAGGUCUAAUGAGAGAUAGAUUAGUCACAGAAAAUUUUCUUAACAAUUUAUCAACCGCACUGAAGUUAUCAGUGUGUGAAAAAGUUGGUUUCGGCUUUAAUUUAUUAGAUGCAGAAAACUAUGACAUCAGAACUGAGGGAAGAAAAUUCUGUAUGUCACAGUGUAAGGCACUAUGUAAUAUUCGGGAUAAAUUAGAUACUGUUGAGGCCGAUGUUCAAGAUGUACUCAGCUUUCUUGAACAAUCAGAUGUAUUUUCCAAACUAAUUGAUUCAUUUAAGGUGAUGAUACUACAAGUUUGGUUAAAUGCAAAUUCCCGUUUGAUCUUAGCUGACAAAGUCGAUGAUACAGUGUUAUUGAGCCACAUUAAUUUCCACAUUAAUGUCCCCAAAGAAAUUCCGACGGAAAUGCGUGCUUCGUUCUUCGCGAAAAUGCUAGGCUACUGGAAUCGACUGUCUUACCGUUGUGGAGAACUUCGAGCAGAAGGAUUUCAGCUUCGUGCUGAUGUGGCAUUUUCAAUUUUAAUGUCUUGCUAUAGACUCGCGUGUCAGGCUCCAUUUCCACUUGCUGUUGUUUUGGGCAAUGUAUGGGAGAACAAAGAAUCUCAGUUGUUGUUUCUGAAGCAUGCUGUUUCAUCACCACCUGAAGUAUUCACAUUUGCACAUUGCAAAAAACAACUGGAAUGUGUCGAUCAUGAGUUUCAAGCUGACCAUGCUACUCAACCGUGGUUAUGCCUCGACUUACUCGAGGUGUUAUGUCAGUUAGCUGAAAACGGCCAUACAGCUUCGGUUUGGUCAAUGAUGGAGUUUCCGCUUAAGCACUGCCCUGAAGUGCUUUUACUUGGGAUUGCCCAUGUUAUUACACCAUACAAUCUCCUCCCGCAUGAAGUUGCUAAAUCAGUUCUACCUAUGCUACUUGAAGAUUCUUCCAAGAGUGGAAUAUUACUCCGUGUGUGGGGGGUCAAUCCUUUGUUAUUAUCAAGAGCGUUAAAUCAUGUCCUCGUUUUGGAUCUAGAAAACAUGAACAAAGUUGUGGACUUGUUUCAGGAGUUAGAGAUCCUAUCAUCUGUUCUGGAUCUAGUACCCAUGCAUCUGGGAAUCAAACUGGCGUCUCUUGCUUCUAAGAAAGAAUUCGUAGAUUUGGUGGAGUGGUUGGGCACUAAUUUAAGUGCACAUGAAGAUGAUUUUUAUGAGGAGUGCCUUAGAUUCCUAAAGGAGGUCGAAGAUAACGCUGGUGAUAUCUGGAAUAUAUACAAGGAGACAGCACCUGCAUUUACAAAGGCCCUUAAACGACAAACCGACGUGCUCGCAUCCAAGGAACUUUCCAAGAAAAUGGAAAGUUUGUAUGUGACAUGCAUGCAAGAUGGUUCAAAAAAGGAGAACAUUGAUGAUUUUGAUUCUUCAACAUCCGAGUCAUAUGCAGACCACAUAACGACAAAGGCCCCGUUACCUCAGCCAAUGCAAGAAUCAUCGUCCCCUUCAACCGGAUCUACUUCAAGACAAGGCCCCGUUACCUCAGCCAUGUUUGGUGGUGCAAUAAGCAUAGAUACAUUGCUAGCUGCUUCCGAGGAUAGGGGAACCCCCGUAGAGGUCCCACCAUCGGAAACUCAGGAUAAAAUAAUGUUCCUAAUUAACAAUCUGUCACCUGCUAAUAUUGAAGAAAAGGCAAAAGAAUUUACCGAUAUUCUAGCAGAACGGUAUUAUCCAUGGUUUGCACAGUACUUGGUUAUGAGAAGAGUGGGCAUAGAAGCCAAUUUUCACAGUCAAUAUAUCAACUUUCUUGAAAAAACAAGAUCAAAACAGCUGAACAAUGAGAUUGUUCAAGCUACUUAUGAGAAUUGCAAGGUUCUUUUAAGGUCCGAUCUUAUAAAGUCCAGUGUCGAAGAGCGUAAAUUGCUGAAGAAUCUUGGAAGCUGGCUCGGGAAGCUUACGAUUGGUAGAAACCAACCCUUACUUGCUAAACAUAUCGAUCCAAAAUCUUUAAUCGCAGAGGCUUAUGAAAAGGGUUUAAUGAUUGGAGUGAUUCCGUUUAUCUCCAAGAUUUUGGAAUUAUGCCAAAGCAGUGUAGCAUAUCAACUGCCAAAUCCUUGGACAACGGCUAUUCUUGGUUUACUCGUCGAAGUUUAUUCAAUGCCUAAUCUCAAAGCAAAUCUCACGUUCGAAAUAGAAGUAUUGUUCAAGAAUCUACAUGUAGAUAUAAAGGAAUUCAAGCCAACAACUCUUCUUGAAGAAAAGUCUAGGGUGACCGAAGGAAACCCUGAUUUUUCUCAACCGAAAAUUGUUGAAGUUAAAUCUACAUCGAGAAGUGCGGUAAAUCAGGUUGUAUUACCGGCUGACGUUGCAGGUCCAUCUUAUCAGCCGACCGCACCAGCCUCAAAUAUUCCCGAUUUCAAAUCGGUUCUAAAGACGCAUGUCCUUGGUUUGCUUCCGGUGGCUAUGAAUAAGGCUAUUGAACAACUAGUUUCUACCGUUGUAGAGAGGAGUGUUUCUAUAGCAUCUCAAACAGCAAUUGAGCUUGUGUUAAAGGAGUACAUUAACGACCCGGAUGAGAUCUAUGUUGACAAUGUAUCAAGUUUUAUGGUUGCGUUCCUAGCUGGAAGUCUGUCUUCUGUCACCUGCAAGGAACCAUUGCGUGUUUUGACGUCCACUCAUCUAAGAAACUCCACAAGGGGUUUGAAUGUUCCAACUGAAUUUCUUGAAGAUGCCAUGAAAUGUGUAAUUGAUGAAAACCUUCAUUUGGGUUGGGCAUCAAUUGAAAAGAAUGCAACAGAAAAGGGACUAGCAACAGUAAAAAGGGAAAUCACUCAGCAACUUUCAAUUAGGAAGAAGCAAAAAGAAGAUUCCGAGAGCUUUAUUAACAAAACUGUGGAACCUUCAUAUACUACAGAUGUUGCAUCGUCUCAGGUUUCCGUUUUCCUUGCCGAAUGGUACCAGAUGCGUGCUCACUCUGGUGUAAGUGAUGCAGUUUGUGCUCCUUACGUCCAAGAACUUUAUCAAAACGUGUUGUCAAAAUCUGAUGAUAUGUCAAACCGUUUUUUCGGCAUUCUACUGGAACUCGUUAUAUCACACUAUCGACCUUUUGAGAUCAAUCCAAGCCCUAUGCAAUUUCACCAACAAGACACGUCAUCUUUCCUUGCCAUUGAUAUAUACACAGAUGUUGUCUUUUCGGUCUUGAAGUUUUAUCCUGAUAAUGAAAAGUCAACCAAGUACUCUCUUUUGUUAAAGGUGUUAACGGUUAUGGUGGGAUUCAUAACAAAGGAUGCUAACGAAAGGAAAUCAACAUUCAAUCCCAAGCCAUAUUUUCGGAUAUUCAACAACAUUUUGAAUCGGCUUAAUACAGUGAACUCGGUCAUCCUUGAUGCAGAUUUUCAUGUUUUGGCAGGUCUUGCACAGUCAUUCCAUGCAUUACAGCCCGCAAAAGUUCCUGAAUUUAGCUUUGCAUGGCUUGAGCUGGUGACACUUACAGAUUUCAUGCCAAAACUUCUCAAUCAAGAUAAUCAUCAAGGAUGGCCAUAUUUUAAGUGUCUUGUAAUAGAUGUGUUGCGGUACAUGGAACCCAUUUUAAGGGGUGGUGAAGUUACUGAGCCGGUUCAUGUUCUUUACAAUUACACACGUCGGAUGUUGUUGGUGCUGAGUCAUGAUUUCCCAGAGUUCAUUUGCUGCUAUCGUUCCAGUUUAUACGACAUUAUUCCCCCGCACUGCAUUGAGUUGCGGAAUAUUAUCCUAAGUACAGUGCCCCACAAUAUGAGGACACCAAUUUGA